CUCGUUCAGUUUCGCAGUGUUAUUCAAUCGAUUCGGUGGCAAAGAAACGGCGUUCGGUUAUUCUACGCUAUAGUUCGAAGAAAAAAGUCUGUCUUUCCAUGGUGUAAUGGUGAAAUUUGUGUAUUGUGAUGCAUUAAGUUUUACUGGAAUGGUGUAAUUUGGUGAUUUAUUGGAGUUAAUGUGCCCACGAACAAUCCAAUAACUGUAGUUGAGAUUUUCUAUGCGAAAAAAUUCCACAUCAAUUACCACGAAACCUUAUGAUUAUGGCUCGCAAGUUCACCGACAACGUUACCUGAAACUUUCCGUAUAAAAAGGUUUGUGCACGUACAACAAAAUCAACUGCUGCAGUCAUCAAGACCAAUUAGGUUCAACUAAAUAAACACAGAAUCACACAUCCAGAAAAACCAAACGGAAGUGAAAUAAAUAAAAGCGAGAGCAAAAAGGGGAUAUUUUUUAACGAACUUUUUUUUAUCCCGUAUUUGAACUGUUUGUGCUUUAACGUGUGUGCAUUGUGUUAACCAUACCAUACACCGUAUCUGUAAAAUGGUCGUCAACAUAAGAAUCAUGCAAAUGUUGCAUAGUGGUUUAGUAACUCUUGUCGUUUUUAGUACAUUUGUGCAAUUGGUAUGGUGUAAUGUUGAAAGUGCAAAAAGUCCGGGGGAAAGUUCAAGCACGUCUGUGCCAGAAGUCACAAACUUAAUAACGGAAGAAGAAAACAGAAGUUUCGAUGAAACUUUGGCAACUGUAAGUGUUGGUAUACGCUCAUUUACGGUUGAAGUAACAACGCCAUUUGAAAAACCAUCCAUACAGGACGGAACGAAAAUACCAUCGAAUUCUAACGGUUCGGAGGUGAAAUCAAUGAAUAAAACGAAAACUUUUCCAACGGAAGAUUAUAACGGCACCGCUGUGCCCGAUAAUGAUUCCACCUAUACGGCACCAAACGAAAAAGAAACUGAAGCAGUUACAAUAAUGGAAUCAUCGCCAUCACCGUCGUCCCCGAACGGAUAUGAAGAUAAAUCGCCCGUAAACGAUAUCCAUAUUGAAAAGCAGCUCAAAAACGGUUUGUAUCGAAUAAAAAUAGCGGAAAUUAUCACCGAUGAGUUUGACAAUGCAUUGGGUGACGAUGAAAUUGAAGCAUCAAUAAAUCGAAAUAAAUUGUACAACAGCGGAAAGAUCAACAUUGCAGAUCUGUAUCCGUCGCAAGACGAAGAUUUCGGACCGAUAAUUAAAGAGUCAAACGAACGACUGUUGAAAGAUAAGCACAUGUUUGUUCAGGACAGUGGGGUGGAUGACGAUGGAAAUUUAAAGUCAAAUUCAAUUGUGGACAUUGAUAGCCAAGCGAAUCAAAAUUGGAAUUCAAAUGGAAACACAGUAAAUAUUCCAACAACCAAAAUUGAAAUCGAAUUAAUUGAUGAACCAUCAUUGUCGUCUGAUGUACUAAUUCAUUCAAAGAAUGACGAUUCACCGGAUGGAACCGACAAAAUAACCGAUUUCACAAAGCAAUUGCUACGGGAUAAUGAUAAAAUUGUUAGUACGAUUGAACGCAGUUUUGUAAAUGUAAAUAAUGAGGAUAGCGAUGGAAAUGUAUCUGUCCCACCACCGCAACCAAUACCAACGCUAGCACAACCAGUAAAUGCGCAAAUUAAAUCAAUGGAAUUCAUUGACCGACGGGUGAAAAAACACGAUCCCACAUUUAAGUUCAAAAUACCAGCUGAAAAUGAACAAAACCAUGUCGAUUUUGCCAACACUAAAUUCAGCUCAAAUGAUGCCCAUUCUGCUAGUAAAAAUGAAAAGCCAGAAUUCUCUACAACGAAAUUCUACAACAGCAAAGAGCUAUACAGUGAAAUGCUACACAAGCGAAUACACGAGGACGACGAAUUCAAAGGGGCAACAUCAAGCACCCCAAUUAAUUCGAAAAUGAAUGAAUUCGCUACAGUGAACUCAGACACCGAAAUGGGUUUGACAAAAUCGUACGAUUCGAACAAAUAUUCCACAUCACCCAGCACAACUCUGUCGCCCCGAACGUCAGACAACAAAACCAAACCAAAGAUAAAUCAAAACAAAACCAAUUCCAAAAUGCAAAUUAAGCCAGAACCACGUCAAACUAAUAACAAGUCCAAAGAUAAAGAUGUCAAUAAUGAAAAAGCAAAUAAUAAGAAGAAACAGAUGUUGCAAACGACACCGACUCGUCCCACCACCCACCCAACGCAAACCGCUCCAGUUACCACAGAAACACUACAUCAAGCAUCAAAAAAGAUUGACAGUGUUCCAACAACUGUAGGAAAAGCUGUUUACAGCAAAUCAACAAUGCCAUCACAAACCGUAACAACAGCAGCACCGAACCGAAUGGUAACGGGUUCGGCGGAAAGUUUUAGCGUUACAAUGGAUACGACAAAGCUGGAACAACAUUCAAUUGUGGUAAACAAUUUGGCAAAACCGUACAGCAGAUCGCACGUGCUAUCACGAAUGCAAGAAAAAAUCAAUGCACUGGAAUGUGACAUACAAAUGCAAAACGAACCAAUCGAAGCCAGUAUUUGGCGUGGAAAUGAAACUCAUGAAUUAUGUUUACCAAAUACGAUACCCGAAAAUUGUACAUCUGGAGCCGAUUGUAUGCCAAUGAUUAUCUCAUGGGAAGGAACAGCCGAAAUCCAAUCAGGAGAUGUGCUUAUUGUUGAAAUUGAUGACAAUCUACUGAUACCCACCGAGUAUAAUGCAUCAAAUGAUCCAAACUUACACAAAACAACCACCGCUGUGUAUCAAGUGACACGACCGGGCCACGAACAUUGCGAUGUCACAGAAGGCAUCCUACUAGAUAUAACACCACUUGUGGUUGAUGGCAAAAAACUGGUUACGCUUUACGACAAAGACCUAACGGAAGGUGUUAAUUUGCUGAUAGUUGUAUCCGAGAUUUGGGGUUCGCAGUGCGUUCGAUUAAAGGUGACCGUUAAAUCGGAUAAUUGCGGUGAAAAUGCUGAUUGUUCGGGCAAAGGAAUAUGCUAUUCGAACACGUCAAUGGAAGGAUACGAAUGUCAAUGCUGCACUGGAUUUGCUGGUUCUCACUGCGAAGAAAUUGAUGCUUGUUCACCGAGUCCAUGUACAAAUAAUGGCAUUUGUGUUGAUUUAUCGCAAGGACAUGAAGGCAAUUCGUACCAGUGCUUAUGUCCAUACGGAUAUACAGGGAAAAAUUGCCAAUUUGAAUCUGAUCCGUGUAAUCCAUCGGAAUGCUUAAAUGGCGGAUCCUGUUCGGGAAAUGCAACACAUUUUAGAUGUGAAUGCACCGCGGGAUAUACGGGUCCACUAUGUCAACACAAUUUAAAUGAAUGCGAAUCAUCACCUUGUGUACAUGGAAUAUGUGUGGAUCAGGAGGAUGGGUUUAGGUGUUUCUGUCAGCCAGGUUUUGCUGGUGAACUUUGCAAUUUCAAAUACAACGAAUGUGAAUCAAAUCCAUGUUUAAAUGGUGGCAUUUGUUCGGACCACAUUGGUGGAUUUUCAUGCAAAUGUACGAGAGGAUAUAAUGGAAAAAGGUGUCAUAUUAAGGUUGAUUUUUGUGCCAACAAUCCAUGCCCGGAAGGCCAUCGAUGUUAUGACAGAGGCAACGAUUUUACAUGCGAAUGUCCAGGAGGACGUAAUGGACCAGACUGUAAUCAAGUUCCUCGAACGCUAUGCAACAUAAAUCCCUGUGCAAAUGGUGGAACUUGUUGGACUAGUGAAGAAUCAUUCUAUUGUGCAUGUCGACCUGGUUUUACCGGAAAAAUGUGUGAAGAUGAAUUUGUUGUCGAGACAGUUGUCAGCUCCAACGAAAUAAUAUCGGACGAUCCACAAGCUAAUACUCGGCCAUUCGGUGAAUCAUUGGCGGUUGUUGCAAAGUCUACAAAAACCCAUCUGUCGACCUAUGCUAUAAUCGUUAUUUUGGUUGGAAUCGUUGUCAUCAUUUUUAUUGUGUUUUCGGUUUGCGCUUGCAAAUCCCCAUCGUACGAUCGAUUCACCACAAGACAACAUCAAUUGAUUCCAAUAUUCGGAUUCGGACGACGUGCAAAAUCGUCAGUAAUAAAUAGACACUGGCUGAGUGGAAAAGGUGGUAUGCAGUCAAUGCAUAAAUCGAGCACAGCCAGUUUACACAAUGGCCAAUGUCAAAAUAACGGUGGCAGCGGUGGUGGUGGUGGUGUUGUUGGUGCACAUAAUCAUUGCAGCAAUGGUAUGGCAAAUCAUCAAACUCAACAACACGAACAGCGUAACCAUUUCAAUCGGCAUUUGGCUAUGAAUUUGGAAAAUGAUAUGUACUAUACGGUUGAUUUUAGUGAUUCGCAACAUUCACCAUUGAUACAAUAAUUUGGUGUCGGGAAUGUUGUGUUGAGAGUGUGAGUUUUUUUUUAGAGAUCGAAAUGAAAAGUUAAAUAAAAGAAAAUAAAAUUAUUUAUGACUUAACGGUAAAUAUUCAAAAAAAAAGCGUCGCGAUGUUCUAUGUUUAGAUUAUAAAAUGAAAAGAAAAUAAAAAUAAUUUUUACGUUUCGUUACCGAGAAAGAAAGGAUGAAAUCAAUGCUCUAUCCAUAGGGUUUAGUUGAAUAUUUUUGAUCAUUUAAAAAUAAUAAAUGAAAAAUAUGGUGAGUAAAAAACAUAAAUUAAUUUAUAUAAAAAAUGAUAACAUUAAAAGGAAGAAAAGUUAAAAUAAAUGUUAAAUUUGCCAAAUUAUUGUAAGUGUUGAAGUCGCCUUGAUUGUGUAUAUUUGCCAAAGUUGAAAUUUAUGAUUUAGACGUUUCGUUAUUAAUUAAAACAAUAGUUUGUUGUAUAGAAGUCAAAGUUAUGAUUCCAUUCAGAGUGACUGUUCUGUUCGCCAUUAUCACAAGUUGGUGGUGAAUUAGACAAAUGGUGGUCAGGCCAUCGACAAAUGGCUGAUUUUUUUUAUAGGUUGUUCAUUCAACAUCUGGUUUUUAUUAAGAAAAAUAUGUUUAAAGGAAGAUCAUUCAAAUGCAUAAUGCUCAAGCAUUAAAUUGAAAAAUUUCAGUGCUACUGUCCAAUGAAAUGUUUUAAAUAUGAAAAACUUCUCGCUCAAAUGGGAUGGAAUGGACAAUGUCCAUUGGGCGUUCCGUUAAAAUUUUCAUUAUUCAUCAAUCAAAAAUUGAUUUAAUUUCAGUAAUUCAGUAAUUUUCCACAGUCACAAUAGUAGUUGAAUGGAAUCACUGAUUUUAUUGCUAAAAAUAAACCGAGGUCAUUCAACUGAUCGGUGUAUUGCGAUAAAACUCAUCUCCUACUCCUUCUCUGUUCCUUAGCCAAUAUUAAAAACAGUAAAUUUCCACUUUAAUCGAAUAAAUACGUAGGUGUAAGUUGUAAAUUUUAAUGUUAAAGACUUAGGCAUUCAUUAUAGGUAAGUGUUUGACAUGGGCUGCAAUUUUUUGUAUUAUUUUUUGUUCUUAUUUUGCACCCAAAACCAUUUGAAAUACACAACAUUAUUGAUUCUGUAUUAUUGAUUCUGCGUUUGCAGGCCACAAAAGUGGAAUAACAAAAUUUAGUAAAUAACCCAGCCCAUUCAAUUUACAAUAAAAAUCAUUAUCCUCCUGUUCGUGUGCCAAAAAUAAUUUUUUCCAUUUUGCACCAGGGCUUACGAUUUUAAAAAUAAAAAUUAAUUUGAAUAAAUUGGUUUUUCCUAUUUCCAUUUCCAUAUUUAUUAAUUCAGUGUCCAGUCUUGCCAA